GUGGUCAUUGAUGUUCCGUCUGGCCGUGUGGCAGCGCAUGUUACUAUGAAAGAUGGAGAGCCAGCACAGGCUUACUUUAUGAAUAUCGCCAGCUUUCCGAUAGAGAAGGGACUAUCUGUGAAGAUCCCUUCUCGUAAUGAGGAGAUCCGUGUUGAUUUGGCUUUUGCCGGUGCUGUUAUGGCUUCAGUGAGUGCUGCUGAAUUGGGUCUUGAGGUCAAGCCGGGUAAUGCGGAUGCAUUCAUCAAACUUCAGCGAGAGAUAAAAGCAGCACUUGGUGAUAGGGCAACCUAUCUCGAUUAUGAGUUGUACGCAGUUAUCUUUUUCGAGGACGAAAGGAACCAUCCCGAUUACCGGAAGACAAUUGUCCAGAGGAAUGUUACUGUCUAUGGUGAUGGUCAGAUUGAUCGGUCCCCUUGCGGCUCUGGCACUUGUGCGAGAAUUGCCCUCCUAUCUUCGGAUGGUCGGCUUCGAAAGAACCAGAAACUUUUACAUCACUCCAUUAUCGGGUCGGCUUUUGAAGCGGAGAUAGAGUCCUGGGGUGGUUCCCAUGGGGACUUUGAUUCCUGCAAUGUGCUUGUGAAGGGCCAGGCACAUCUGAUUGCGCAGUCGCGGUUCUUGAUUGACGAGGAAGAUCCCCUCUCUCCUGGGUUCAUUUUGCGUUAG